AAAACACAUAACCUAAGUUUAGCAUCCAUAUUCCAUGCUCUGCUCUGGUUAAAAAAAAAUUUCUUUUAAAACUUUUAAGAAUUUGAAUAUAAGAUAAAUUAUUGCUAUGAUGGACGAUGAAGAUUUUCCUCGUGGUGGAGUUCGUCCAAAAAAGGCAUUAAAAAGGAAAGACGAUGAUAAUCUAUUUUCUAGCGCUAUCAAACCAAAACCAAAGAAGGCCAAAAAAGCAAAGAAAACAACACAAAUUGAAUCUGAAGAUUCAUUUCACUCUAGUCUACAAAUAUCUGAAACAUUAUCAUACAGGACCCUGCAGCAAGAUAUGAUAAUUUUGGCUUGUAUUAAACAAAUAAAAGAUGUAUCAAUGGAUAUUGAGCUACCAGGAUUGACAUUUGGACAGAUUAAAAUUAUUAAUAUAUCUGACUCAUUUACCCACUAUUUACAAGAAAACAAUAACGAGGAGAGUAUCACUUUGGUACCACAGAUGUUUUCGGUUGGUCAAAUGAUAAUUGUAAAAGUUCUAAGUAUAGAAAAUAGAGAUGAAGGUACCCAUAUUCAGUGUACAUUAAAUCCUAAAGACAUUAACAGUGGAAAAUACCAUAAUUCAUUUCCUGAAGGGUUGUUGGUAUGGGCUUCAGUUACAUCUGAACUUGAGCAUGGGUACAAGAUGGAUAUUGGUGUGAACAAUUGUAGAGCAUUUUUACCUUUUAAGAAUGUGGAUAAAAACCGAAAAUUAAUUAUUGGGCAACCACUUUGGUGCGUUGUCACCAAAUGUGAUUCAUCUGAAGCUGCUGCUACAAUCCAACUGAGUUGUAGAACUGACAGAUUAAAAAAAUGUAAGAUCUCCGAAAUUGAUAGUUUACAUAAUCUGAUUCCAGGAAUGCAAGUUGAUGUCAUGGUUGAAACAGUAAGACAUACAGGAUUGUAUGGAAAAUUCCUUAAUGACUUCUUCGCGUACAUAGACGAAGGUCAACUUGAGAAGAGCCUGUCUAAAUAUAAGGAAGGUAACUUACUGACGGCAUAUGUGCUGUAUACGAACCACGUAACAAAAAUUACAUAUUUAACAAUGUUUGAUAUGGACAAAGUACCUGCUCCGAAAUAUACAGAGGGAGACAUUUUAGUGGGAGAGGUUAUUUCAACAGCACGCAAGGGCAUCUAUCUUAGCCUACCAUCCAAAGAAAAAUGUUUCGUAACCCAUAAACGGCUAUUACUCAGCUUCCCAAAAAAAUAUGACGAUUCCGACCUAACUGACAUGUUAAAACUAAAGUUUGUUGUUGGAAGCCGACAUUCCUGUCGAAUACUAGCGUACAGUAACGUAACUAGAAGCUACAUAGGAACAUUGGAGCAGAAGAUGAUCCGUGAACAGUAUUUUACUUCUGCUGACCUAAAGCCAGGUCAGUUAGUGGAAGGUGUUAUUGUGGAGAGCAAUGAAAAAGGAUUGGUUGUAAAAGUUGGACGUGUCAGAUGUUUUGCCUCGAAUUUUUAUCUUUCUAGUGUUGCUUAUACUGAAAAUAUAAAGAAGAAAUUUAAAGAGGGGCGUACUGUGAAAGCUAGGGUAUGGGACAUCAAAGGGAACAACGUACUUUUAACUUUAAAAUCAGAACAAGUGUUAUCCGACAGAUGUCUCACCACUGUAGAAGAUGCAAAAAGGGGCGAGAGAUAUCCAUGUGUCAUAGUUAAGACUUAUCCGAAUGGUGCCUAUGUUAUAUUUUAUUCUAAUAUUUCGGGAUGGCUACCCAAGAAGUAUUUGGACGAAGAAAAUGAAAAUGACAAACCGGAUCCUCAACAAUUGUUUUUUAUAGGACAAGUGAUAAAUCCAUGGAUAUUGGGAGUGAAAGAACAGAGAGUGAUUUUGUCCUUGCGACCGCCGAAAAAUUUCGGUUUUUUAAAGAUAGGAGAGAAAGUCAACGGAGUUAUUGGUAGAAUUACUAAAGAUAAUCUUUUUAUUAAAACGCAGAUAGGAAAACCUGUUGGUGUAGUUCCGGUGAAUCACCUUAGCGAAACACUAAGUUUAUGUCCUACCUUGAUAAAUACUUUUAAAGUUGGGGAUGAAAUAAACAAUCUACUAUGCAUCGACAACACUGAUAACACUAACAUAUUGUCAAAAAGGGAAUCCUUAGCUAUCACCAGAACACCGAAGUUUAGAAUAAAGAAAUUAGAUAAAUUCAAAUUGAGGCAUUUGGUAAGGUGUACAUAUUUGUCGCAGUGCGAUGAAGGCAUAUACGUCCGCCCUUGUCAAAUUUCAGAUUACCAUGAGCGAGUACUGAUCAAAUACAAGGAUAUUUUAGGAAAAGGCGUAAAAAUAGGCGUAAGCCUUCUUCCUUUUGAGCCCAAUCAAGUCAUAGUAGCAAAAAUUAAGCAAAUUCAGGAAAAUCCCAAAUCAAUUAGUUUGACAGCAAAACUAGCAGAUGUGUUUGAUAACAAAGUUGAGAGUGUUAUAGGAUUCUUCACUCAACAUUUGCAAGACAUUCAAACCAUUAGGACAAUGGGAAAAGAAAAGAAAUGGGACUUGUAUGAAUAUGAACCAGGAGAAACUGUAUUGUGUCGUGUAACAAAGUUGGGAGAUGGUGGAGGAUGCCUUGUAUCGCUGCCGAAUGGUUUAAAUGCUUUAGUUCCCACUGCGUUGUGUACAGAUGUAAAAAUAGGCGACAAAUUACCGGGAGUAUUUUUGACUCAAAAUUUUGACCAAAAAUACGGUAUUGUGUGCUUGAAACCAGAGAUUUCCGAAAGGAUUAACAAAAACCAGGAUGGAAUAAUAACGUGCAAGAAUCUCUCGUGGUGUAGAUCAGAACUACUUUUCAUAGGUAAAACUUUUGCUAUAGCUUUGCUAAAACAAAUUGGCGGAAACGGACAACUAGUGUACCUUCCAACGUUUCUCCAUGAAAAUGACUUUAAAGGCAGCUGCAAGAGUUAUUACGAGGAAGGAUCAUUAAGGAUUACCUUAUGCGGGCAACUUGAAAACUACUUAAUAGGUAUGAGUAGGCGACAAUUUCUCAAUCUAAAUAAACACAGUAAACCUGAACAGAAAUAUUGUGUAAAAACUAUUCCUAUUAGAGAACCAAGCAAAGAACAGAAUACCAUAGACGACGGUAAGGUACAUGAUGUGUCUGAUAGUGACGUAGAAGUCGUUGACCAGGAAUCGUCAAUGGAAGAGGAUAGCGGCGCAUAUAGUGAGAAUGAGAGUGAUGACAGCUUAGAAGAAGCUGACGAUGAUGACAGCUUAGAAGAAGCUGACGAUGAUGAUGAGGGAGAUGUACAGGAAGAAGAAAGUGAUGACGAACUGAAUCAAGAAACAGAUUCAUUUGAAGAUGAGUUAGAACUGGAAGAUGACUCGGAAGAUGAAGACUCCUCGAACAAUGAAGAUACCGAAUCAAAAGGUGAAUCUAUUAAUAUGACACAACAUUCGGAUGAACUUGAUCGAUCUGUCGAAGAAGUAGAAAUUAACGAAGAAGAAGAUAGUAGUGAAAAAACAAAUAAUACACGAACAACAAAUGUAAAAGUACAAAAGAAAACGAUAAAGAAAUUCUCUUCGAGUGAUUCUAUCACAGGACCUUUACCUGUUCUCUCUGGUAUGAAUUCAUUCUUUAACGAAGAUGUUACUGAGGAACCGGAUGUGUCUUCCGAUGACGAAGUUGAGGAAACAACUGUAAAAAAGAAGAAGCUAUCAGCAUCAGAAAGAGCUCAACAGGCGAAAGAGGAAGAAGAGCGUAUAAGGCAAAUCGAGAAAGAGUUGGCGGAUCCCACUAAAGCUCCCGAAAGUGCUGAACAUUUCGAUAGGUUGCUUCUUGCCAGUCCAAAUUCAUCCAAACUAUGGUUGCAGUACAUGGCCUUCCAUGUCGCUGCUACAGAAUUCGAGAAGGCAAGAGCCGUUGCAAAGCGGGCCCUGGAAAAUAUUAACUAUACUUAUGUUGAUGAACGCUUUAACAUCUGGAUAACCUUACUGAACUUUGAAAACACGUACGGAACUAACGAAUCAUUUAGCAAAGUAUUUGAAGAAGCUGUUAAAUGCAAUGAUGAUUUAAAAAUUUAUUUAGAAACAAUUCGAAUAUUAGCUGAGUCAGGCCAAAUAGCUGAGAUGGAAGAAAAAAUUAAGAAAGUUAGGAAUAAACAUAAGCAAAACUCUCACAUGUGGAUUGAGGUUGCCAAAAUUUAUUAUAUGUUGGAUAAAUUCAAAGAAGCUAGGAAUUUAAAGGAUGCUGCCUUAAAAUCUAUAACGAUAAAGAAAAUGCAAUUGGAUAUAAUCGUUCAGUUUGCUCUUAUGGAAUUCAAUUAUGGAGAACCACAUUAUGGUUCACAUAUAUUUGAAGCAAUUCUAAGUUCGGAUCCAAAAAAAGUGACGAUUUGGACGAUGUACGUUGACCAAUUAGUUAAAAAAGGGAAGAUCGAUGAAGCUAGGCAAGUUUUGGAUCGCUCAGUUUCUCAACAUUUGCCCGUGAAGAGUUUGAAAUCUUUAUUUUUGAAGUACAAAAUGUUCGAGGAAACAUAUGGAAAUCCAGAGACUGUACAGGAAGUGAAAGAAAAGGUGAAGGAACUGAUGUCGAAAAUAUCAACUAAGUAAUGCCAUCAUUACAAAAAUAUUUUUUGAAAUAUAUGUUUUAAGUUUUUAAAUGUGAUGAAAAAUUUGUAUUUAUUCUUGUUUUAUUUACUAAGAUAGAAAUUGCAGAAGUUAAAAAUAAUUUUUGUAUUAUUUUCAUUAUUAAAACUUCAAAAUAAAA